AUGAGUGGACCCGCUAAAAUUUUGGGAGAAGGUCCCUUCCGGGCUUGGAGCCGACAGGAGGUCACCACCUACCGGACCGUAGGCAAAGCCCGGGCCAGUCACUAUGAGUCACCAUCAAUCGUUCCUGCGGCUCGGCUCUGCCGCCAGCUAAGACAAAUCUGA